UCCACCUGUCCACACCACCUUCCCCGCACUCGACCUUUCGUUGCCUCUCUUCUGCUUUCCCUCUCAUUCCUCGCUGCAUUCGUCUCUGCCUCCGUGUUGGCUUGCUCUCGUUGGAUUCAGGACCGCACGUAGAAACCAUUCUCAGCUCUGACAAAGCUAAGCAGCUCAUUUCACACUUUCAGGUCGUGUGGAGAAACCAGUUCGAUUCUUGGACCUUUCCUGAUCAGGUCGACCGACAGAUCAGCUCAUUCAGCUUUUUCGUACUCUACGCAAGGAUCCCUCGCCAUAUCCCAACAUGGCAACUAAAAACAACAGUACCAACAGCAACACUAGCACCAAGACCGGAGCUGACCAGCCAUCGGGAGCGACCUCUACCCCUGCUGCUCCUGCCCUGGAGCUGAAACCGCUCAAAAAUGUCAUGCCUAUUGUCCCAGCCCAACAAGUCGACUCCUCAUCAUGCCCUCCUUCAGGCGAAGCCUCCCCUCAGCUGCCUUGCGUGCCCAACAACGUGCAGGCGCUCCAAAGGCUGGAUCCUGACAAUGACGAGUCCGGCGUCGAAAAUAUCACUAAGAAGCACGCUGGAAGGAUCAGAGAGGACCCUGUGGGCUUUGUUGUGCAGACCGCUGCGUUUUACCAAGGAACGGGUUGGAGAAGUUACAGCAACUAUGUUGGCACUCGCAUCUUCUAUGAAGGCUUCUCUGCCACAUUCAAGGAGCGUAUCCUUGCCAGCCAGAAAGUGAGCAAUCUGAUAAAAAAUAUGGCCGAUAAGCAAUUGGAGACGCUCAUCAGACAGAAGCAAGAGGCCCAUGACGCAGAGAUGGUUGCAAAUGCUGGAAAGAAGAACUACAAGCCCAAGGCCCGACCCAUGAGACCUGAAGACAUUGAGGCCCGCCGAAAAACAUUGGAGGCUGAGCUGACAGCCGUCGCCAAGAGUAACAUCGACAAGUUGGUGUGCGACAUGAACAGCCUGAAAUUCAUCAGAUUCUUUGCGUUCCUCAUCAACAACAUUCUCGUAAGAAUGUAUCACCAAGGAAUUCACAUCAAAGAGUCAGAGUUCCUAGAGCUGCGUCGAGUUGCCGAGUACUGCGCGGAGAACAAGUUCUCAAUGGUGGUCUUGCCUUGUCAUAAGUCGCACAUCGAUUACCUUGUUGUCUCGUACAUAUUUUUCCGCAUGGGUCUGGCCUUGCCCCAUAUCGCCGCUGGUGACAACUUGGACAUGCCUGUCGUCGGAAAGGCACUCAAAGGAGCCGGUGCCUUCUUUAUCCGUCGAUCAUGGGCUGAUGACCAGCUCUACACCAGUAUUGUUCAAGAGUAUGUCCAGGAACUGUUGGAAGGCGGAUACAACAUCGAAUGUUUUAUUGAGGGAACGCGAAGCAGAACAGGAAAGCUGCUGCCCCCCAAGCUCGGAGUUCUAAAGAUCAUCAUGGAUGCCAUGCUCUCCGACCGCAUACAGGACUGCUACAUUGUGCCCAUCUCGAUCGGCUAUGAUAAGGUCAUCGAAACCGAGACAUAUAUCAGCGAACUCCUUGGAAUCCCAAAGGAGAAGGAGAGUUUGUGGGGUGUCAUCACCAACUCCAGACUGCUCCAGCUCAAGAUGGGACGCAUCGACGUCCGCUUCGCGAAGCCAUACAGCUUGCGUAACUUUAUGAAUUACGAAAUUGAGCGCAGAGAGAUCAUCAAUGAGCGCGAGCAGACGAGCAAUGCCGCUAAAUCUCAACUGCUAAAGGCACUGGGCUACAAGGUAUUGGCCGACAUCAAUUCCGUCUCGGUCGUGAUGCCAACGGCGCUAGUUGGUACCGUCGUAUUGACCCUUCGUGGACGUGGCGUUGGACGCAACGAACUUAUCCGCCGUGUGGAAUGGCUGAAACGUGAGAUUUUGUCCAAAGGAGGUCGUGUUGCCAACUUUAGUGGGAUGGAGACUGGCGAAGUUGUUGAUCGCGCGCUGGGUGUCCUUAAGGACCUGGUAGCAUUGCAAAAGAACCUGAUUGAGCCCGUGUUCUACGCGGUCAAGCGAUUUGAGCUGUCCUUUUACCGCAACCAGCUUAUCCACCUCUUUGUCCACGAGGCCAUCGUAGCGGUCACCAUGUACACGCGCAUCAAGAUUGGUGGUGCGACAUCAACCCAGCAGAUCAGCCACACGGAGCUGUUGAACGAGGUCACAUUCUUGAGUCGUCUCCUCAAGACCGACUUUAUCUACAAUCCUGGUGAUAUUGAAAGUAAUCUGAAGAACACGCUCGAGUAUCUGAAGAAAUCGAACGUGAUUGAGAUCAACAAUGAUGGCUAUGUUGGUCUCUCCGACGUGGAGCGUCGCAUCGGCAGAGAGAACUAUGACUUCUACUGUUUCUUGCUCUGGCCAUUUGUGGAGGCGUACUGGCUCGCUGCUGUAUCGCUGUAUACCCUUAUCCCUACAGCGAGAGAGCUGACCCAGCAGAGGGACAUCAACGGCGACCCUCUACUUCAUUGGGUCGAGGAGCGUGUGUUUAUGGAGAAGACUCAGAUGUUUGGAAAGACUCUCUACUACCAGGGCGACCUCUCGUACUUUGAGUCCGUCAACAUGGAGACUCUGAAGAACGGCUUCAACCGUCUGAGCGAUUAUGGAAUCCUUAUGAUCAAGAAACCCACCAGCAGUAAGGAGAGAACCAAAGUUGCACUCCAUCCGGACUUCAUGCCUAGUUUCGGACCUGAUGGACGCGUUUCCACUGAUGGCGCGCUUUGGGACAUGGUGGAACACAUUGGCACGUUCAGACGCGAGGGCAAAAACCGCCGCGAUAAUGCAACAGUGUCUUCCCGUGUCCUUCGAUUUGCCGAGAUUGUUGCGAACGCACCCGCUCCGGUUAAGGUACCCUUGCCCAACCCUGCUCCGAAAAAAAUUGGCGACGGGGCACCAAAAUUAUAAUACACCAUCAUGGCCCCGUGUUCUCUCUUUGUGCCUGUCCGGCUUUGAUAUCGCCAUGCAAAUGCCAUGUACACUUCGUCCUCUUGUUGGUGCUAUAUUAUUUUUGCCCGCUCUGGCAAUCUUCCGGGAGAUGAAAGUAGCCGAGCAAUGCAAUGGGCCUUUGUGUCCCUACACCAUUUUUUUCUCCAAGUUCGGGAGUGAGGCUCGACUGGUUUUUUCUGUUCGAUCAGCAAACUAUGGUGGUACAAUGUUAUUGCUGCCCAAUUUUUUUUUCUUUUCUUGGUGCCAUCGGCGCUCAACCAAUCAUCGACAGGACAGCCAAACGGCACGGGCUAAUGAAAGAAAAGACACCACCUGAGUGGUGCCGCGGAGGAAACGGUUUUAGAAAUGCGGUCAAAAAAGUUGCGCUUGCCAGUCCGCAGGUCAAU